AUGAAUUCAGGGAAACGACGUUAUUCAGCAGUUGACAAAGGGAAGGAACUCAUCACUAUCCGUCUCCAUCACAUUAAGAAAUGGACAACUCUGUAUGAACUCUACCAACAGUUUGCUAUUAGCGAUGAAUCGGACAAAUACAAACUUUUUCUUGGCGGACCAGCUACCGGGACCUUAGGAGACGCUAUGUUAGACACCGGGAAGUCUUCGAGAGAUCUGUCAGGGAUGUACUUCUCCACCCCAGAGAGAGAUAACGACGGAGCUACUGGUCAUAACUGUGUCGCUGCUAAUGAAGGAGGCUGGUGGUUUAAAUACUGUCACCUCGCCUUCCUUUACGGUCCCUGGCCCCCGGCAAUGUGGGCCGCUCCAUGGAAACCUAUAGUAGAGUACGGAUCCUCA